CCAGAAACCCGGUCACAAGAACAAGCAGAGCAAUCAGACUUCCAAGCGCUUCUAACACAUCACAUGCUGUGGCGCAGCUUCAAAUAGACAUCGUCACUUUUGUUAGUUUCUACGUUGUUCCUGUACGCGUAAUCUUUCACUCCGUCCAGGCAGCAACAUUUCGCACAGUUCAGGCCGCUAGAUCACGACAGCGCUUCAACUACCUUCACAUCUGCGGCCAAACUCCUUGUCUCCUGUCACGAAUGAUUUUGUGAUUGCCUUCCAAGCCUGAGACAUUCACACGUCUCGCCACCUUCGACCACCAUCCACCAUGGACAUUCCACGCGGCCACGCAGCAAUGCCGCUUACAGACGCUGACUUCCUAGAUUUCAUCUACAACUACUUCAAAGCCGAGUACUACCCCAUCCGCUCAUUCUGGUCGACAGCAACCGCCUUUCCACGGCAAACCGAACGAUGGAUUUCCAUGGGCCACGAACUCUCACCGCUUGUUGUCCGACCCGCAAAUGCGCAGGCACAGAAAGAUUUGGAAUCUCUAGACUACUUUACAAGAAAAUGGAACCUCGAUGCUGGAUUUGUGAGAGGCUUGGUCAUUAGAAUCGCAAAGUACGAAUUGCACGACAGACUGGAGAAGAGGCUAUAUGAAUGCGCGAGACUAGACUUAAUGGUGAGGAAGGCAUUGAAAGAGAAGCAUUUGAUCGACGCACUAUGGCCCAGUCCUGCACCACGGAACAUUGCGAAAGAUUUGUUGCAACAGGGUGUUCAGGCUCGCCAAUGGUAUGGCGACAUGUUCAAUAAGUAUUUCCGCGUCCUACAGUCCAUCGACUCGUUCCAACUCCGUCCUGAAAUUGAUCAUCACAUCAAGACCAGUGGAAAGUUGAUGUUGAUACCCUUUGUGGAUCAUCUCAUCUUUGGAGCGGUUGACCCUAUUAUACCGAUCGUAGCGAAAGGAGCAGGUUAUGCAAACGCCAAAGGGAGAGGGAACGACAGGAAUACCCCAGGGUUCGGUGAGCCAGGGAAGUUCGAGAUCCGGUUCGAUGCACCUACCGAGGUCACAGAUACGUAUACGAAGAGCGUUGUACGGCAGUGUCAGUGUAUGAAGUGUGGUACGAAACGAGAUGUACAGGUCGUAAUAUCAGUGGACCCGAAUCCAAACGCUGGAGCAAGUGCAGGCACAUCAUCUACAAGCCGACAACGCGACUCGGCGCCAGCAAACUCCAAAACUGCACAGAGAUACAGUCCAGGCUACCAAAUGCCCACCCAGAACGACCCAGCACCUCCCCGCCAACCUCCCCGACCACAAGCACAACCACCCCAGGAACCCUCCCUAUCCCACCGUCCUUCAACACCCGACCUCAAAAAGCAAUGUCCGCGCUGCACCUUCCUUAACGACCCCGCCCUCACAGCCUGUGAAAUGUGCGAAGCCUCUUUACCAGAAGCCACAAUCGCGAAACCGCCCAGUCCAGUCGUUGGCCGAAAGCCGCCUUCGCACUCACAUUCCGCAUCGCACCCACCUCCCAACCUACACCGAAGCAGGGAAGAAGCACUCCGACAGGAACAAAGGCCCAGCGCACCAAACAGGCACAGUCUAAGCUCAAGUCUCUUCUCCAUUUUCCCAUUCUCGCAGCAACAGCAGCAGGAGCAUCAUGCUAAGCUGCCACCUACACAACAAGUUGAUACUUCAGCGGCUGUGAAGACAGCUCCCGUACGGCAGGAGGUGAGGAAGCAAGAAGAAGUCCGACCUGCUUCGAAAGAAGCGGACAAACAACAUGUCACCAUACCUCCUCCCCCCAAGGCGGAAUCCUCUCGUCUCCGUGACGGAGCGACCACACCACCACCACAACCCCCACUAUCCAACCACCCCGAAAUGGCAAUGAUGCCCCUCUCCCCCUCCCCACCAUCGUCUUCGCAUCCGCGCCCUGCGCCUGCUGGUCUCCCGAGUAACCUCAUGGACGACUUCGUCCCUGUGUCUCCUGCGUUCCCUCAGGACGACGAGGAUGAAGAUGCGGGGUGGGGGUCUAUGAGCAGGGAAGAGGCAAGGGUACAGGAGAGUAGUAGUGAUGAAGAGGAUGAUGAAGAUGAGGGGAGAGGACAGGGGAAAGGCAUGAUUGAUCUAGAUGCUGUGGCGAGAGAGGAGGCUGAUGUUUGGGGGGAUAGAGAGGAUUGAGCAGGGUGUUUAGCGUUAGAUCUUGGAAGUCGGUUUCAGUUCACAUUACCGUUGUUUAUGCCUGGCGUUCAGAGUUGUGUAUUGUAUCAAUGGGAUC